AUGAAUAAUACUGCAGCUAGCCCAAUGUAUACCACCACUUCAAAUAGUGAAAGAAGUACAGGGAAGUCUAUAAGCUUCGUGGCAGAAAUAAUGAGUAUGAUGUUUUCUUUGGGUGAUGCCAGGAGGCCUGUUCAUGAAACAGUGGUUUUGGUAGAAGAUGUGGUGCGCACUCAGUUAAUUAAUCUGUUACGGCAAGCUGCUGAAGUUUCUCAGCUGCGGGGAGCAAGGGUAAUUUCUCCUGAAGAUCUUCUGUUUUUGAUGCGCAAAGAUAAGAAAAAACUUAGAAGACUGUUAAAAUACAUGUUUAUGCGAGACUACAAAUCAAAGAUUAUCAAAAGCAUAGAUGAAGAUGAUCUUCCAGAAAACAAAGUGAGUGGCAGCAGCAAAACAAACAAAAGACAAAAAAUUGUUCAAGACUUCUUCAACUCUAUUGACCAGACUGGAGAACUAAUGGCAAUGCUUGAAAAUGAUGAAAUUGAUGAAGUUAAACAAGAAAGAAUGGAGAGAGCAGAAAGACAAACUCGAAUUAUGGAUUCAGCUCAAUAUGCAGAAUUCUAUAAAAGUCGACAUUUAAGUUUCUCCAAGAAAAGUUCCAAAUUUCGAGACUGGUUGGACUGCAGCAGUAUGGAGAUAAAGCCCACUGUUGUCACUAUGGAAAUUUUAGCAGAUUUAGCAUAUGAAACUGUGGCACAGCUGGUGGAUUUGGCUCUUCUUGUGAGACAGGACAUGGUAACCAAGGCAGGGGACCCCUUAAGCCAUGCCGUUUCUGCAACCUUCAUGCAGUAUCACAGCUCUGCUGAGAGUGCUGCAGCCUGUGGUAUUGAGGCUCAGCGCGAUGCCAUCCAGCCCUGCCACAUCAGAGAAGCUGUUCGACGCUAUGGCCACAAGAUUGGUCCCCUUUCCCCAUUCACAAGUGCCUACUGCAGGAGUGAGAUGGCUUUUCUAGCCUGCUGA